UCCGUCGACUCCGCACCACAAGCCAAUGCUGACUGGACAGAAUUGCUCCUGGAGCUCUGGGUUUGGAGCUAACAGGCAGUGGCCCAACCAGACGGCAGCCAAACCCACGCAGCGCAGCGCGGACUUCCUCCUGAGCCGAGAUGAGGAGCUGGCCCGGGCUGAGAUCAGCGUCUUGGCUGCUGUACUGAUCGUAGCCGUGGCUGGGAACUUGGCGGUGCUGACCGCUCUGUGCCGGAUGAAGAGGAAGCUUUCACGCACUCACCUGUUCGUGCUGCACCUGGCACUGACAGACUUGUGCGUCGCCCUGUUCCAGGUGUUGCCGCAGUUGUGCUGGGAGAUCACCUACCGCUUCCAAGGGCCUGACGCUCUGUGCCGAUCGGUCAAGUACCUGCAGGUGGUGGGAAUGUUCGCCUCCACCAACAUGCUGCUCGUGAUGACGGCCGAUCGCUAUCUGGCCGUGUGUCACCCUCUGAGGACGUUCCAGCAGCCGGUGAGACAGGUCUACGUGAUGAUCGGGGCUGCCUGGCUCCUCAGCUGUGUCCUCAGCCUCCCUCAGGUCUUUAUCUUCUCGCUCAGGGAGGUGGACGAGGGUUCGGGGGUGUACGACUGCUGGGCGGUAUUUGACGUCUCGUGGGGAGCCAAAGCUUACAUCACCUGGACCACGGCCUCCAUCUUCAUCCUCCCGGUGCUGGUGCUCGCUCUGUGCUACAGCUUGAUCUGCCUGGAGAUCUGCCGGAACCUGCGCUGGAAGUCGGCGGGGAGUGAGGGGGAGGGGAGGCCGGGCGGGGAGAUGGGACCAGGCAGGGUCAGCAGCAUCAAGUCCAUGUCCAGGGCCAAGAUCCGAACCGUGAAGAUGACCUUUGUGAUUGUUCUGGCUUAUGUGGUGUGCUGGAGCCCCUUCUUCUCCGUCCAGAUGUGGUCUGUGUGGGACUUGGCUGCUCCUGAUGAUGGCUCCUCCAACUCACUCUUCACCAUCGCCAUGCUCCUCGCCAACCUCAACAGCUGCUGUAACCCAUGGAUCUACUUGGUCUUCAGCGGGAACCUGCGUCAGUCUGCCCACCGCUAUCUUCUGCCGUGCCAGGGUCAACCCAGGCGAGAGAGCUCCAGCCACAGCCCUCCGACCCACCUCAGCCCCCGUUACGCUGCCAGCACUGCCCACAAGCACCAUCGCCCACACCCUCCCCCACCUGAAGCUUCCUGCACAGUGUUCAUCGAGGAGAACAUGAUGGUCUCGGGGGUGUUGCCCCUCUCACUCGCCUGAGCGGGGUUUACUCUGAGCUCCACCAGGUGCCACUAGGUUCAGCCGGGAGCCACAUUUUGGGGCAAUCGGAGGCGUUUAACUACUGGACAAUAACGAGAGAAAUACAAAGUCCAUCACACAUUACACAUUGCACAUUCCCCACUUCCCUCCAAUGUAUUGUGUACAUGUGAGUGCUAUGUUGUACACAUGUGUGCUGUACUAUACACAUUUGUAUUGUGUUGUACACGUGUGCGCUGUGGUGUACACGUGUGUGUUGUGGUGUACAGAUGUGUGCAGUGGUGCAUAGGCGUGUGCUGCAGUGCACACGUGUGUGCUGUUGUGCACCGAUGUGUGCUGUGAUGCACACGUGUUUUCUGUGGUGUACAGGUGUUUUCUAUCAUGUCCUGAAGUAUUCUAUACAAUGUGCACAUAUCUGUACUGUCGUGUGCAGCUCAUUGCUGUAUCUCCUAUAAUAAUAAUAAUCCUUGCAUUGGAUACAACCCCUAUCAGUCUUCGAGACGUCUCAAAGCGCUUCACACAAUAUACUGUAAAGUGUAGUGACUGUGUAUUUUGUGGGCAAAAUAAGUGAGCAGGUGUGUGCUGCAAGCUGUAAGGUUUCAACAGAUACAAAGUGAUGAUGUGAAAGAAGUUUCUGGAAAAGUGUGGCCUGUUUCUGUCUCUUGUGUUUUGUGUGGAUUUUUUAAAAAUUAUUUCAAUAAAUUACUCUUUUGUGACC